AUGGUAAGGUUCAGCAUUUUCAUACCGACUAUCUUGUCGUCUACGGCGCUGGCGUCGGAUCUCCUCAUCGACACCACGAGUGGUCCAGUGGAAGGCUUCUACAAUAGCUCGUCCGUUCGUGCGUUUCUAGGUAUACCAUAUGCCGAGCCAGCAACGGGGUUACGUCGAUUCAAGCCACCCGUGCCCAUAUCGCGAUCCAACCAGACCAUUCAGGUCAACUCGUUUCCUGCAACAUGUCCAGGGCAGUAUACCUUCUCCAAUGAGUCCAUCUGGAGCGUCCUACCCUACAUGCCAUGGAACACGGACAGCAUGUCAGAGGACUGUCUUGCGAUAAAUGUAUGGGCGCCCAAAGCUAAGAAAGAAAAUGGUAAAUUCGCGGUGAUGAUGUACAUCUAUGGUGGAGGGUUCACCCAGGGCGGAUCAGCCAUCCCCUUCUACGAUGGGACGAACUUGGUCGAGGAGCACCAGGAUAUAGUUGUCGUUACCUUCAACUAUCGCGUCUCGAUAUUUGGGUACCCUAACGCUCCGGGUCUUGAACCUGGACAACAAAAUGUUGGACUUCUCGAUCAGAGACUUGCCGUGGAAUGGGUCCACCGCAAUAUCGGCCAAUUCGGUGGAGAUCCUUCAAGAAUUAUGCUGUUUGGCCAGAGUGCUGGAGCAGCGUCUACGGAUCUGUUCACCUAUGCGGUUCGUAUACUGAUCCGAUAUGGAAAAUACCCGCACAACCCUAUCGUACACGGCGUUAUUAUGCAAUCGGGCGCCGCGUCGAUAAUUAUGAAUGAAGACAAAACCCAUCAAAACUGGCAGAAUCUAUCCCAAGCACUAGGAUGUAGUAGUCUGCAAUGCAUGCAGGACAAGCCAUGGGAAGAGAUCCUCGAAGGAGUGUCUUCUGGGUCUUACAGCUUUAGCCCGGUACCAGACAACGUUACAGCAUUCGCUGACUACGAAGCACGUGCGAAACAAGGAGGGCUCGCUCGUUUGCCAACGUUAAUUGGUGGUGCUGAUCGCGAAGGUUCAGCGAACAUGAAUCUUAGCUCCAAGUCCAUCAAUGAGACACUGGUAUAUACAGCUACUCAGAGCACGUUUAAUUGCCCGAUUGUGGAGACGGUGGACAACCGCCUCGAGCAAGAUAUCCCAACCUGGCGAUACUUGUACCACGGCAAUUGGUCUGGCUUGAGUCCGACUCCGUGGCUUGGAGCGUACCAUUCUAGUGACGUACCCAUUGUCUUUGGGACAUACAAUAAUACACCAAUCCAGCCAUCCUCCAGCCCAGCAGAGGUUGCCGCGAGCAAAUAUAUUCAAGGCGCAUGGGUGGCAUUUGCUAAAGAUCCCUGGAACGGGUUGAAUAACUAUGGAUGGCCGCAAUUUACCUCUCAGAACCAGUCACUAGUCAAUUUAGCUCUGGACAACCGUGCCACGGCAACGAUAGGCUCUGCAGGAAAGUGGGAUUCAUAUUGUCGUGGGGCAAAUAACCACGAGAUAAAUAUAUCCAAGACGGGAUGCCGCACAUGCCGAGCCCGUCGUGUCAAAUGUGAUGAGACCCCGGGAUCAUGUCGCAACUGUAUCUCAACGGGCCGAAAGUGCGAAUACGACAUCCAGCGCCUGCCACGUCGACUACCUGGUAGUCGACCGACCGGCGAAUCUAUAGUGCUAUCUACACACAUUGCCGAUGGCUUUUGGUGGAAAAUCACGUCCGACGAGCGUCGGUGCUUUUCGUUCUUCCAACACCGGUCCCUUCCAACUGUGAUCGGAUACUUUGACUCGCCCCUAUGGCAGAGGUUGGUUCUUCAGAUGAGUCAGGUCGACCAGGCAGUCUACCAUGCCGUCGUGGCAUUUUCUGCAAUCCAUGUGGACUACGAGGCCCGUGGAAACCCUUUAACCAUGAAAGACUUGGACAACUCGUGGCAGCGGUUUGCAGUCGAUCAAUGCGGGAAAGCAUACGCGCUAUUGACUGCGCGCUCUGCGUCGCGGGAUCCCAAUUUACAAGAGGUCACACUCGUGUGUUGCAUGUUGUUUGUACUCUCGGAGCUCAUGCGCGGCUACUAUGACCUUGCCUUCACGCAUCUGCGAAAUGGUUUGCAAAUCCUGAAGGAUGUGGGCUGUCGCCAAUUACCCAAUCCAUCUCCUACAUGCGCCCCGAUUGUAGAGCAAAGUCUCGUUGAUACCUUUUGUCACCUGGAUGUCCAGUCGGCGUAUUUCGGUGUGGGCGAACUAGUACUCCCGGUGCAAUCAGACGUGUGUCUUCUGGAGUGGAACACGGGCAAUGUGGAACCAUUCCAGCACCUUUGUGAAGCCCGAAGGGUAUUAGACUCACUAAUGGGAGCCGUGUUCCAGUUUCAUACCUUUGUCUCGCCCCUGUCACGGACGGAGAUAGGUGUCAAGUAUGGAUACCUUUCGCAGCGGCAAUUCGACCUCGGUUCUCAGCUUCGGCGGUUUGCCCAAGCAUUUGAUCCUCUUUAUAUGCAUCUGUCCACACGGUGUGAUAUCAAAGGGAAACGGGGCGCGGACAUAAUCUACUUGCACCAGCUGUCCCUGUCCAUGAUUCUGGAAACAUGCCUUCUUGGUCACACGAAAGAGCUCCUCGAUUAUUAUACGCCGGCAUUUAGGAAGCUCGUCGCACUAGCCGAGGCGAUUACAACCAGUUUCACGGAACGUCCCAGCAUUUUGCUCCAUAUGGGCGUUAUCGCUCCGUUGUUCUUCGUGUCAACCGAGUGUAGUGAACCUGAGGUUCGAUGGCGAGCAAUUCGGGCGCUUCAAUCUUGGCCGCAUCGCGAGGGGACUUGGGAUUCCAGUCUCGUCGCAAGAAUAGCCAUUGAGACGAUGACAGUUGAGGAACAAGCUGUCCAAGACCCGGAUCAAGCUUCUCAUGUCAGCCACGCUUUUACGAUAGUAUCGCCGGAAGACGCAUCGUCUGCUCAAAUGUUGUACACUCUGGAUGGCGGAGGUGAAAUUCAGUCACGUACACUUUCGUUGGAAUAG